AUGGACAACAUCAAGCUACCUGCGGAAGCACAAGGUUUGCAAGGAUCCCAACCAGAUGACGGAAAACAGGCUGCUCAAGAGGAAGAAAUGCGCCGCGACUUGAUGGCUACCGUUCUCGACACCGCAGCUCGCGAACGACUAUCACGGAUAUCUCUGGUUAGUCCAGAGCGCUCAAGGCAGAUAGAAGGGAUUCUGUUGAGGAUGAUUCAGUCGGGACAAUUGAGAGGACGGGUAUCAGAGAACCAAUUAAUCGAACUUCUGGAACAAAUAGAGUCGGCUCAAGGCCAAAGUACGACGAAGAAAUCCACAAUAGUGUAUCAGCGCAGGAAGGAUUUCGACGACGACGAUUUCUGA